AUGACGCUAAAACGGGGCAUCUUGAGUGUUUCCCCCGCUUCGCUGUCGGUCUCCUGCUUCUCGCAUCGGUCAUCCGCGCAGACUCCUUCUUCCGCCACAGUAACGCCAGUGCAAGGACGUUACAAUGUGCUUUUAAUUGCACAUCUCCUACGUGCCCGCGUCUUUAGCAGCCGCAAACGUAACAGCAGGGGAAAGCAGGCGAGUGGGGGGAGCGAGCUGGUGUCGGGGGGCGGGCGAUGCAUGCACGCCAAAGUUAAGCUGCAGGGUGACUUGGCCACGCAUCAGCACCCGCUGCCACAUCUGCAUCUCACACUGGAACCUGGUCCAUUACAGGCUCGGUUGAACAGCUUUGUCAACAACACUCGCAGAUCGUUCAGACCACACCGGCCAGUGCGUGUGGAUGGUGUGGAUGGUGUGGAUGAGAGGGGCUGGGAGGUGGAAGGCUGUGUGGACUCUUUUCUGACCAAGGUGGAAACAAACACGACGUGGUCCCGCUAUAGACUUAACCCUUACCAGCAGCAAGUCAGAUGUUUUCGCCGAGAAGCAAAGAGACCUGAAAUCAAAAAGGGCAAUAGUGAAGCUGAACAUGAAAUAAAACUCCCACCAAGUGAAAACAAGACACCGAUUCCACCUCCCAGAAUCACACGCCCGUCACUUAUCAAACCUCUUCUGUUCACCUUAGGGUUUACAGGAUGCUCCUUUGCUGCUGCAAGUGUCCUCCAGUAUGAAAGCCUGAGAUCCAAAGUCAAGGCUGCACAAGAGGACUCAGAUGAACUCUUAAAGGGCUCAAACGAUAUGACGCACUGGCAUAACUGGUGGAACCAGUUAACAGAUUUUCAGAGGCAACUUAUCUUACUGAUGUCAAUGGUGGACGACUUCUGGAGUAGCUUAACAGAAGGACAAAAAACUGUAACAGGCAUUAUAGCAGUGAAUGCGAUUGUGCUGUGCUGCUGGAGGCUUCCAUCAAUGCAAAGAAACAUGAUAAAGUAUUUCACCUCAAACCCAGUUUCAAAAACAAAGUGCCUUCCAAUGGUCUUGUCCACAUUCAGCCAUUACUCGAUUAUCCACAUGAUGGCCAACAUGUAUGUCUUAUGGACGUUUUCUUCUGGACUGGUGUCUCUUCUUGGGAAGGAGCAGUUUAUAGCCUUUUAUCUGUCUGCAGGUGUAAUGUCCAGUAUGGUUAGCUACAUGUGCAAAACUGCCACUGGACGUUUCCAUCCAUCUCUAGGCGCAUCUGGCGCUAUUAUGGCUGUGUUGGCGGCAGUCUGUACAAAGGUGCCAGAAGCUAAACUAGGCAUCAUAUUCAUUCCCAUGGUCACCAUCAGUGCAGGACAUGUGUUAAAGGCGCUCAUUGCAUUGGACACGGCAGGUCUGUUUCUGGGCUGGCGGAUCUUUGACCACGCAGCUCAUCUCGGAGGGGCCCUUUUCGGGAUUUGGUAUAUAACAGAUGGUAACAGGCUUAUUUGGAGAAAGAGGGAGCCCUUAGUGAAUUUCUGGCACAAUUUGCGAUCGAAAGCCACUGAUGAGUCCAAGUCAGAGACUCGGCCUGGGGCAGGUAGAGGUACACGCUAA